GGGCACCGCUUGAAGCUGUGCUGCAUUCAUUUCUUGGAAAAACAGAAAAUAAGAAAACUGCAGACAAAUAUGUCUCUUCUUACAGAUCUCAUCAAUCUCCAUCUCUCAGACACUUCAGAAAAAAUCAUUGCAGAAUAUGUUUGGAUCGGUGGGUCGGGAAUGGACAUGAGGAGCAAAGCACGGACUAUUUCAAGACCUGUCAAAGAUGCUUCGGAGCUUCCCAAGUGGAAUUACGAUGGAUCGAGCACUGGCCAAGCUUCGGGAGAAGAUAGUGAAGUGAUCUUAUACCCUCAAACAAUCUACAAAGAUCCAUUUAGGCGGGGCGAGAAUAUUCUUGUCAUAUGUGAUGCUUAUACUCCAACGGGAGAACCUAUACCGACAAAUACAAGAUGUAAAGCGGCUAAAAUUUUUAGCCAUAAAGAGGUUGCUGCUGAAGAGCCUUGGUUUGGAAUCGAACAAGAAUACACUUUGUUGCAAAAGGAUGUUAAGUGGCCCCUUGGUUGGCCCAUCGGCGGUUAUCCGAGAUCUCAGGGUCCGUACUAUUGUGGUGUGGGAGCGGACAAAGCUUUUGGACGGGACGUUGUGGAUGCUCAUUACAAGGCUUGUCUUUACGCCGGAAUCAACAUAACCGGUGUUAAUGCAGAAGUGAUGCCCGGACAGUGGGAAUUCCAAAUUGGACCUAGCUCGGGCAUAUCAGCUAGCGAUGAGUUGUGGAUAGCGCGAUACAUUUUAGAGAGGAUCGCGGAGAUUGCCGGGGUAGUUUUGUCAUUCGAUCCGUUGCCGGUUAAUGGCGAUUGGAAUGGGGCCGGAGCUCAUUGUAAUUACAGCACAAAAUCUAUGAGGAAAGAGGGAGGCUAUGAAGUAAUCAAGAAGGCCAUCGAAAAGCUUGGACAAAGGCACAAAGAACACAUUGUAGCCUAUGGAGAGGGCAAUGAGCGCCGUCUCACCGGAAAAAAUGAAACAGCGGACAUCAAUAGCUUUAAUUGGGCGGUUGCUAACCGUGGUGUGUCAAUCCGAGUUGGCCGUGAUACAGAAAAAGAAGGUAAGGGAUAUUUCGAGGAUAGGAGGCCCGCUUCGAAUAUGGACCCAUAUGUUGUGACUUCGAUGAUAGCUGAGACAACCAUUAUUGCCAAGUGAACAAUCUCAAUGUGUUGCCAAGUUCGCCCUUUGUCUUUCGCAAUUUUUGUUGUUGUGUUUGCAGUAACUUGAGUUUUAUUAAUAUGUUAAUAUUUUUGAUAAAUAACAA